UGAUCCAGCAGAGCAAAGCUGUGCGUUUUGCUCUGUCAUCGCCGUUUCCGACUUUCACAUUGCGCGCUCUACGCCGGCCGCCGACUCUCACUGCUUUUCUUCCCCGCGCCGGUCGCUCCUUUUUCUCUCUCUCUCUGUUUAUUUUUGUCGAGGAAUGUUGCAAACUUUUCAGUAGAUUUAGCUGAAUUUCUAUUCGCGACAUGGCGAAGAAGAACAGGGGAAAGAAGAAAAUAGGAGCAUCUAACUCCACACCCGGUCGUCCUCAAGAUUCGAUCACCCUCAGACAGGAAAAGACUGGAAAAAUCCAGCCCAAACCCUACAACAAUGUCAAAAUUUAUUUGAGCCACUUGGAAAACCUAGCGACUUGGGCCAGUGGGCAGGCCUCUAUACCUUCAUUGGCUGCUUUCUUCGGGCGGCGCUUUGCCGCUGCUGCGGAUUCUUCAGGUGUCGUUCCCGACGCCUCUCUAUUUCUUUGCCAGAGGUGUGAAACAAUUCUCCAACCUGGCUCUAACUGCUCCAUACGAAUUGAAAAGAAUAAAGCAAAGAGACGUCGGAAGCACAACAAAUGCAGUAACUUGACACAGAACAAUUUGGUGUAUUAUUGCCACUACUGCUCAUGUAGGAACAUAAAGAGAGGGACUCCCAAAGGCCAUAUGAAAGUGCGUUAUGCACAAAAAUCCAAAGCAGUUGAAGAAUCAGAGCCUAUAGAAUCUAAAAGCAAGGUGAAAGUUUUGAAUGUCAGGCGUGGUAAAGAAUGUGAGGCAACUGCAGUGCAGAUGACAACAGAGAUCCUUACUAUUGAUGCUCCUAUGAUUCCUUCUCCAACAACUAGAGAGAUUGGUACUAUUGAUGCUCCCAUAGCUCCUCCUACAACUGGGGAUACUCUUGUCGUUGGUGCUUCUGCAAUUCUGCCUCCUAGAAUGGAGGACAUUCUUAUCAUCAAUGCUCCUGCAACUCCUCCCACUGUGAGCGGAACGACUCUGUCAAAAUCGCAGAAGAGGAAAAAGAGGAAAUUAGCAGCUAAGAAUCAAACUGGACCCGAAAAUAGCUGUGCUCCAACUGACUCGGAGAAGAAAACUGGGGACAUUCCUACUGUUGAUGCUCCCGCAACUCCUCCAGCCAUGAUCGGAAUGACUCUGCUGGAAUCAAAGAAGAGGAAAAGGAAGAAACCGUCAUCUAAGAAUCAAACUGAACCUGAAAGUAGCUGUGCUCCAACAGCAGAAGGAGAUAAAACUGAAGGCACAUCCAAAAGAAAGCGGAAAAGAAAAUCAUGGACAAGUUUGAAGGAAAUCGCCCAGACAAAUGAACAGAGUGGUAAACAGAACGUGACUGAUUUUCCAAUUCCAUUUUCCUUACAAGGCACUUUCUAAAGGCCAAGUACACAAAUUGUUUGUCUCAGCUUAUUAUUGAAUCAAAACUGUAAAUUGACGAAUUAAUUUUAUUUUAUACCUUGUGUUUCAUCAUCUGUCUGUGGUCUUCAAAUGGGGUGAUUUGAAUUUGUCAUUGCAGACUCAUUGAGAGUCUUGAUCUUCAAAUUAGAUUUUUCUAAGAA